UUAGAACUCAGCUCUGUCACUCAUGAUGGAGCGAUAUACGCUCCCACAGAAGCUGUUAUUUAUAAAAACGUACUACAGCACAACGAGACCACAUUCGUUUGCAGUAGCGGUGUCCAAGCUAAGAGAAAUGCUUGAACCUGAGUUAGUUCCUACAGAAGAUGUGCUUCGUGAGUUGAUCCAGAAAUUUCGAACAACUGGUUCAAUAGUUAAUGGACCUCCUCAGCUUCCGGCGCAAAAGCCGGCGGCAGUUAGAAAAAUUGCCAACGUCCAGGAAGUAAUUGUGCCACCCAUAAGCGACUUCUCUAGCUCAGAAGAAGACGAGUUACCUCAGAAGUCUUUCGAUCAGCACCAGUAUCAUGAAAGGUAUCAAAUUCAGAGUAAUGGGUACACCUCUAGAAGAAAGUCAGACCCCAGAUUGCCGGCGAUGAGACCUUCAAAGGUACCUCGCCAAGAGCAGCAAGCCGUUUCUGCAUCUACAGUAGUAGUAUCUAGUCAACAAUUGCCGAUUUCUCAAAUGACCGUCUCAGGUUCGAUGCCAUGUAGCGACCCGUAUUCAGUCGACGCACCGAUAGCUUUCAUUGCAACUCUUGAUUACCCCGAAUCCGCGGACACAGAAAAUGCCGAACUCGAACCAUCUAUAAAACUUGAAGUUAAAGAAGAAGUUGUUGAGCCAGAGGAUAGUAACCAACAAUUCGUUAUGGCCACUAAACAUGAACAACAGAUCUCUUGUAGUGGCGAGGAAAGUUAUCAGGAGAGCGGGUUGCCAGAUUUUACGUUGUCACAAAUUAAACAGGAGAUCAAGUCGGAAGUCCUCGAUGAAAUACCGCCGGAAAGACUUGAUCAGGGGUUAACAACUCCGAUUAUCGUUAAGAUUGAACCCAAAGAUAACGAUGAAAACCUUUUAGGAAUAUAAUUCUCCAGGGUGUUUUAUAUUGGCUAGUGAUUUAUCAGGAAAAUGUAUCUUACCUUUAAGCAACUGAAAUAAGACUACUUGUGAAUGAUAACGUCUAAUAUGAAUAAUUUGAAUUGCAAACAUGGGGUGCAAUUUGAGGUAUCGUUUGUAAAAAGAAAACUUCGAUAUGUGUUAGCAAUAAAUAUCAAUCCAGGAUUAUUCGCACACAUUCGCUCAAGGACGGGCAGUGAAAUAAACUAUGUACGUUAUAUUAAUUAAAAGACGACUAGAAUAUCUUGUUAUUAUUAUUUAUUUAAUAGGCUUGAGUGCGUCACAACUGCGCAAGGCAGAUACCUGGUCAUAGUUGUACCAGUUCUAUAUGUUACCUCAUAUGUUUGUGCGCUAUAUGAAAACGGGUUGCAAGAUCUAAAUAGUAGAUCGAUCUAUUUGAGAGUCUUGGCUAGGACUUCAUCAAUUUUCGAGAUGGGAUAUACUAUGGACUACGAAAACUUAGCACAGGCCUUUCUAUGAGGUGUAACAUGUACAAAUAAACGUCUGCCCGAAAAAAUUACAUUAGUGCACGACUGUAUAAAUGGGAAAACCGGUACAGGAAGUCGUAUGAUACUUUCAAUUUUAGAAGCCCUAAACAUACUUUAGUACUUUAAAUCGAUUAUUAUCU